AUGGAUUACCUAAACCAGAUGAUUGAUGAAAAUGAAGAUAUUGUGUAUCGAAAUCGAAUCAAUCCGCCAUCGUAUGGCCGCGUUUUUCCAACGACCCAAAGUCAAGGACCAGCCGGACCUUCCAGCUCCAGUAAUCGAAGAAAUCCAGAAGAAGAAAGACCUAUUCACAGCGCUGAAAACAGGGAUAUUCCACUCAAUGCACAAGCGGAAUGGGAUUUGAACGAUGCGCUUCGGGCUUCUAUAUCAAAAAAGCAAAGAAAUCAGAAUUCUAGAAAUCCCAGAAGCUCCAGAUACCGUCAUGAAGACGAUGGAGAUGAAGAAGACGUUCCACAAGCGAAAUGGAAUAAACUAGAAGCGGAUUUAAAGGAAUUAUCGAUUUUUCUGAAAAGCCAACAGGCCGAAAAAGCGCUGGAGACUCGUCCGGAUAAAAAAUACAGGAAUCUUGUGGAAAGCGAAAAAUCGAUCAAGAUUUUCAGCAAAAAAGAUUCGGGAUAUCGAAUUUUGCAAGAGCAACGAAGCGAGAAAGAGCAGCUGGAAAUCGAUUUUUCGAAUUUCGAAAUGCUGAAAUUCGCAUUUUCAAGACAUCCAGAAGUUCUGAAUAUGGAUUGGAACCCGAUGGAAGUGCAGAUUUUUUACAAAAUUGACCGAUUUAUUGGGGAUAAUGAAGAAACUGCGUUUAGACAAGGAGCUCUCUCCGUGGCGAUGGAUUUCGAGAAUUUUCCACCGAAUUUGACAUGGCGGGGGAGUGGAAACAAGGGUUUGGUCAUGCUGAGACCAGUAGUAAUUGACGGCGUCGCUGUUCUGAAUGCCACCUUGCCAGACGAUUCACCACAACCAUUCUAUGGAAUUGCACCAGAAAUGCCGAUUUAUCAGGAAAUUUUGAAUCUUCCUGUCAAAGCGGUCUUCGAUGUAAUCAUGAAUUUUGUGAUUCGUGGCCAUAAGACCUGUGUUUUUCUGCCGAAAUACUACAAAAACUACAUUACCCCCGGUAGAAUUUCGAAGGUUGAUGAUUUGGUGGUUUUUCGAAAACUGAUUGAUUUGGGAUUAAUCAAAUUUCUGGAGAAUCGAGAGGGUCGAGAAUCGUGGAACUGGUUUUUGGAGAUUUCCAGAAUUGUCGAUCAAACUGGAUCGGUUUUUGUGUCGAGUUUGGAGUAUCGUAGGAAGCCAGAAGACCAGAAAUAUGAAAAACCAUCGGAUAGAAUUAUUCAACCCAUUUUCUGGAAUACAUUUGAUCGGGUGAUGGUUCUGGAACCUUCGAUUCGGUAUAAGGAUGAAAAUGAUAAUAGUUUUAGGACUAUUACAGCGGAGCAGGUCCUCCAAUUCGCUGAGCCAGACGACGAGAGAGCUCAGCUCGGCGAGCAGCUCUACCUGGAUAAACAAAUCGAAUUGAUUUGUCAUUUGUGUCAGUUAUACCCAACAAAAUCCAUGCACAAAGUCAGCAUUCAACAGCUACUUCAUUUGGUAGUUCGCGCCAAUUCAAAUUUCGACAUGCCUGGAAUGAACCUGGAAACGUACUUGGGGAUGUGUGAACGAUUCGGGAAUCAUCAGAAUGAUGCGGAGGAUUGUGUUGAUGAUAAUAAUUCUAAUGUUUAA